AUGUGGCGAUUCCCUACGCUUCGUUUGCCAGCAGUUCGAGCUCAUACGUUCUCAACGUUCAGCGCCGUUCUCUCUGGUCACAACAAAUGGUCCACGAUCAAACACGACAAAGCCAAGAACGACGCUGAGCGAAAUAAGCUGUUCAACAAGUUUGCCAACCAGAUAGCAUUGGCGGUGAAGCUAGGCGGUGGGUCGACAGACCCUUCGCUCAAUGUGCGUCUGGCAGCGGCAAUCGAGUCAGCCAACAAGAACAACGUCACGAAGCGGGUGGUGGAAAACGCGAUUCGUAAAGGUUCUGGCGCGACCGGUAAAGACGGAGCACGUUCUGAAGCAUGUACAUACGAAGGCAUGGGACCCGGUGGUGUUGCUUUUGUCGUGGAGGCGCUCACAGACAACAAGAAUCGAACCAUUGGGCUGGUCAGAAGUACGUUCACCAAAGUUGGUGGCAGCAUGACGCCAACGCUGUAUUUCUUCGAUCGCAAAGGCAGCGUUUUGGUGCAACCUCCGGCGAAUUUGGUAGAUUUCGACUCUGUGAUGGAAAAAGUGCUGGAGUUGGAGGCAGUGGAAGAUCUGGAGGAUGUGAAGCGUGAAGAGCCUUGCUACGAAUCUUUGAAACCAGACUACGGAUCCACGAUCUACGAGGUGAGUUUUGACCCGGCGCAAACCAACCAGGUGGCUUCAAGGUUGAAAGAGAGCGGGUUUUACGUCCACGAUGUCAACAUAGGCUAUGUGGCUAAAAACGAUAUGAUGGUAGACGCUUCUGAUGAUGAGAUCCAAGCUAAGCUUGUCAAAUUUAUGGAACAGCUUGAUGAAAUCGAGGAUGUGACCGGAUUUUACUACAAUCUGAAAAAAAACUAA